AUGAUUCAACAGCCAACCCCGUCCUAUAAUUUCACUGUCACUCGUUCACAUAAUGUACCUACACAAACCAAAUUACACACAGCCACAUUACCAUCCAUUUUAAUAGAUUUUACAGCAAUGACACUGUGUGACUUAAUGCCAGCUCGCCCAGUGACACGCCGCCGUUCAUUACCAGAAUUAGUAUUCUUUGUUCAAAAGAUCACACAUUUAGCACAAAUCAAUGCACGCACUUUAUUAGUGGCACUUAUUUAUUUACAACGAGCCAAAUCCAACUUGCCUAAACGAGCAGCGGGAGGUGAUGACACCAAUCACCGCAUGUUUCUCGGUGCUUUACUGUUAGCAUCUAAAUUCCUCAAAAACAGUGCCUGGACCACCACCACAAAUACACUAUCCAACAGACGCAUUUAUGAAAUCUGCGGUGGACUAUUCUCGCUGGAGGAUGUGUGUCAAUUAGAACGCGCUUUCCUUAAACUUAUUCAAUACAACUGUUGGGUGGACGACCAGACUUUAAAUAAUUUUGUCCAAUUACAUCGCGCCGAUUUCUCAUUAUAA